AAAAAAAACAAAAUGUCAAAAUAGAAUAACCAAAAACUUUAAAAUAAACAAUACAUUAAAAUUUAUUAUUGGGAAAUAUUAGCAAGAAAUUAACAAGGAAGUAAUAAAAGUAGAUAAAAUGAAUAGACAGUUACUAAAAACAAUAUCACCUAUAACAUUGUUAUGUCGCGCAAAAGGUUAUAAACCAUCAGGAGGUGUUCGAUAUCCAGGAGGAAUACAGUAUUUUCCUAGGCAUCCUGAUCAUAAAGAUCCUGAGAUAACACCAUCUAAACUAUUCAGAGUUGAACAAAUUCGUACCAGUAGACACCAUCCUUGGUGGCAAAAAAAGAUUCUAAGUGAAUUGAAGCUUGAUGAAGAAAACAGAGUUGCAAUUGUGAAAAAUAUACCACCAAUCAACAUGAGAUUGUGGAAAAUUAAACAUUUGAUAAGAGUCACACCAAUAACUUUUCCAUAUGGCGAACCUAUGAAGGAAGAUAUUAAUUAUACUGUGCUCAAAGAAAACGGUCAGUGCAUAGUUACAAAGACCUUGCAACCAGAACAAAAACAAGUGGAAGCUUUGGAGAAAUUUGAAACUGACCCAAAGAAAAUGGACUCAACUACACUCAAGCGUGAAUCUAGAUACAGAUGGAAUGAUCCUUUUGCUGGUGGAUUUUAGAUUAUAUUUUAAUGUAGUAGAUAAAUAAUAAAACAAACUAUUGAGAAUUUA